AUGACAGAAGUGAAAGGAACUCCCAUCAUUAAAGGUUCACGAACAAUGCAAAUAACUGGCUUAUAUAAAGGAAGGGCAAUUAUUAUAAAAGACUCUUACAGUGUUAUAAAUAAGAAGCUUAAACUAUUUCCUGCUAUGUUUAACUUACAAACAGGACCGAAAGAAGUAUUUCCAUACAACUACUACAGCAGUGUUUUGUUAGCAAAUGACAACAGAACUGGUGUCAUUUCUGAAGCAUGUAAGUUUAUCCGGGAUGCGAAUACGUUCAUGAAAAACAUAGAUUCCAUCAAAGGUUGCAGAAUAGAUGAAAACCACUUCGACUUAGAAAAGUAUAGCACAUUUUAUUGCAAACAAGAUGUAAAAAUUUUAAGAGAAGGUUUUGUUAAGUUCCGCAAUGACAUAUUGAAAGAAUUUGAUUUAAACGUUUAUGACUACGUUAGUAUUUGUUCAAUUGCUAACAAAUUGUUUGAGAACAGAGUGUACUUCCUGAUUGGAAAUUUAUAUGACCUCUCAAAUAAACCAAGAGAAUUUAUUUCACGCUGUAUUCAAGGUGGAAGAUGUAUGCUGUCAGAUAACAUGAAACAAAAGAGCGAAAAGAAACUCAUUGCUGACUUCGACGCUGUUUCAUUAUAUCCAUCCGCUAUAGCAAGACUUUAUACUUUAGAAGGUAUUCCAAAGGUUAUGAAGAAAGAAAUGUUAAGCACAGAGUAUCUCAUGAGACAUUUAUUCGAUGACGACCAAAAGGAACCCAUUGGUGAAAAGUUUAUGUCUGGCUUCUUUGUUCUCAUUAAGAUAACAGAGAUUGGAAUACAUAGACACUUUCCUUUAAUAGUUUGUGACCCUGAACUAAAUCCAGAACUUAACGUUCCCAGAAGUUCAAACACUUGCUGUUUAAUGUAUGUUGACCAUAUAACAUUACAAGACCUCAUAAAAUAUCAAGGUGUCAAAUGUGAA